CUACGAGUGUGGAAGCAAUGGUGUUGUGAAAAAAAAAUAUCUGACGAAAAUGAAAAAUAUGAGCCGGUCGAUUUAAAUAACUUGUUGAAGUGUUUUUAUGCUGAAGUUAAAAAUCAACAGGGUGAAGAUUACGAACCAGACAGCCUCAAAGUAAUGAUAACUUCCCUUGACAGACAUCUCAGAGAAAGGGGAUAUACUUUUUCCAUAAUACGAGAUAGAGAAUUCACGACUUCCAAACAAGUUUUAGAGGGAAAAGCUAAGUUGCUUCGAGAAAGUGGUCGAGGGAAGAGACCAAAUAAAGCACGACAGCUAUCGCAAGAGGAAGAAGAAAUCCUUUGGGAGAAAGAAAAACUCGGCUCCAAAACACCAGAGGCACUCGUGCAAACAAUGUGGUGGUUACUUACUCAGCACUUUGGUCUUCGGGGCAGGCAAGAGCAUCACCAAAUGAAAAUGGGCGACUUCAGCAUUGUCGAAGCGGACAAUGGCGUUGCGUACAUACAAUACAAAGAAGGGCCAACGAAGACCAGACAAGGCGGUUUGAAUUGCAAGCCUCGAAAUUUCCAACCGCGAAUGUUUCAAACACAAGGAGAAAGAUGCCCAGUCGCUUUAUUUCGGGAGUACGUAAGCCGAAGGCCUUUAAGUUUGCAGCAAACCGGCCCAUUUUAUCUCUCGGUGAAAACCAACAGACGACCUGACGACCACAUUUGGUACAAAGUUCAGCCGAUGGGAGUAAACAAGAUCGAUUCAAUGAUGAAAAAUAUUGUAUUUGGCACGAGUUUGGAAUGUAGUGGUAAAAAAUUUUCAAACCACAGCGCCCGUAAAACAGUGGUUGGUAAGCUGAAAAAGGCAAACCUUGAAAGGUCCGACAUUGCAAAGGUUACUGGCCACAGAAAUAUACAAUCACUGGAUGACUACGACGAAGCUGACGAGCAGGAGCAACAAAAUCUUUCCUUGGCAAUUUCAAGAAGGAAUUAUACACAAGAAGAGAAACCGCGAAGCUCAUCCAUAGCCAACAUCAUGUCCAAACAAUCGACAAUGAAUUCUCAAGCCCACAAUAUGAUAAACACUUUCCAUGGCUGCAAUGUGACAUUCAAACUCAGCAACAGAUCGCCAGUAUCUACAGCCAACCAAUCAAGGAAACGACGAUUUCACAUAAUCGAGAGUGAUUCAGGCACUGAAUAA